AUGUCGGCCCGUCGCAGAAAUUCCGACUGGGAAGACCAGGCGCCGAAGGAUCUCGAUCCCGAGGCCGAGCACGUCGACCAGAGCGAGAACGAAGACGGCAGUGAAGAGAGCGAAGACGAGAAUGCGGGCACGGAACACUACGUUACGGUCGGCAAGAGCAAGCUCCGCGAGAAGGAGGGCGUUUCCCUCGGCCCCCAAUACCGCGGCGCGCGCGUCAGCCGAGAUGCCCUGAACAACGAGAGCGACGGCGACAGCGACGUUUUCGAGGACGCGCAAGAAGAGUUCGACUCUAACGACGAAGAAUUCGACGACCCCGAGACCGCUGAUCUGGCCGCGGACGAGGCCAACGCCGGCGACGAAGACUUUGAGAUCGAGAGCGACAACGCGCUCGGCGACAGCGAUGACGAGAAGCUUGGGGAGUUCGUCUUCCGCGGCAGCUCGCAGCCAAAAGACAAGAAGAAGGGCGGUCGCAGCAAGAGACCCACUGCGGCUGAUUUCAUCUCUGACGAGGAGGAAGAGGAGGAGGAUGACGACGAAGGCGAAGAGAACAAUGAUAGCGAGGACGAUGACGAUGACGAGGGCGGCAUUGACCUCGACGAGGACGAAGACGAUGAGGAUGGCGAGGAGGUGUCAGAAGGCAGCGACGAAGAUCUGAUGGAAGGUCUCGAAGGCUCCGAAGACGAAGAAGAGGGCUCAGACGACGAAUCCGCCGAGGACUCGGAGGAGGACUCCGACGAAGACUCCGAUUCCGAUUCCAAGCCCCGCCGCAAGUCCAACAAGGCCGACGCCAGAGCCGAACAGCGCAAGCUCAUGAGCGAAGGCCAAAAGGCCCUCUCAGCAACCCUCUCCGCCGCCGCGCAACAAGACGCCCAAAAGGGCGUCGCCGUCCGCGAGCAGCGCAAGACCUUCGACGGCCUCCUCAACAUCCGCAUCCGUCUCCAAAAAGCCAUCGUCGCCACGAACUCCUUCUCCGCCGUCGACACGGACGACUUCGAGCAGAGCUCGGAACCCUACGAGGCCGCCGAGGAGGCCGCCCUCAAGCUGCUCAACACCCUCGACAGUUUCCGCGCCAGCCUGCUGCCCGCGGAACUGGCCCAGGCCGGAGGCAAGCGCAAGCGCGCCGAGGUGGACGCCUCGACCUCGGACGAGGCCAUCUGGGAGGGCAUCCAGGAGGCCGAGGAGCGCGCGCUCAAGUACCGCAAGAAGGUCCUCGAGACGUGGUCCGGCAAGACGCGCAGCGCGACCGUCGAGGUCAAGGCGCGCAACCUCAUCUCGACGCAGCAGUCCAUCGUCGCCAGCCUGGAGGAGCAGCUCCUCAACGCGGACCGCCUGGUCAAGCGCACGCGCACCCCGCGCUCGUGCGCCCCGGCGCAGGUCGUCAAGAAGAUCAACGAGGACCCGGAGGUCUACGACGACGCCGACUUCUACCAGCUCAUGCUCAAGGAGCUCGUCGAGCAGCGCACCAACGACAACGGGUCCGCCGGCGCGGCCGCGCAGCCGACGGUGCGGUGGGCCGCCAUGAAGGAGGCCAAGACGAAGAAGCACGUCGACCGCAGGGCGAGCAAGGGCCGCAAGAUGCGCUUCAACGUCCACGAGAAGCUGCAGAACUUCAUGGCGCCCGAGGACCGGAGGGCGUGGGAGCAGGAGGCCAUCGACAGGUUGUUCGGCACCCUGUUCGGACAGCAGAUGGAGCUCGGCGAGGCGGCUUCUGACGAGGAGAUGGAGGACGACACUAAUGCCGAGGAGGAGGGUCUGAGGUUAUUCAGGAACUGA